CUUUAAAAGACCUGGUUGGGUUUGAACUUUAGCUUGCUUGGUUAGGUUGGCUUUCUCAGUGGCUUGGAUUGCAGUAUAGAAUGGGUUUGAUUAAAAUGACUGUUUUGGUGCUUCUUUAUCGCCAAUUGGUAUGGCAUGUAUUCAGCUCCUCAGUUGAAGGUGGAUCCUUAGACUCUUCUUGGAGUGACUUUGGAAGAGUAGAUGGACAAAAAGACAAUGUGGGUGGUGUAUCCAGUUCUAACUCAGUCCACCUGCAUAACAAUGUCAGCCAGGGUGACACUGAGGAGUCCAGUUCUGUCAACGCCACCUUCAGCCAGGGCAGCGCUAAGGGGUCUGGUUCAGUCAACACCACCUUCAGCCAGGAUGACACUGAGGGGUCCAGUUCUGUCAAUGCCACCUUCAGCCAGGGCAACGCUAAGGGGUCCGGUUCAGUCAACACCACCUUCAGCCAGGGCAGCGCUAAGGGGUCUGGUUCAGUCAACACCACCUUCAGCCAGGAUGACACUGAGGGGUCCAGUUCUGUCAAUGCCACCUUCAGCCAGGGCAACGCUAAGGGGUCCGGUUCAGUCAACACCACCUUCAGCCAGGAUGACACUGAGGGGUCCAGUUCUGUCAAUGCCACCUUCAGCCAGGGCAACGCUAAGGGGUCCGGUUCAGUCAACACCACCUUCAGCCAGGAUGACACUGAGGGGUCCAGUUCUGUCAACGCCACCUUCAGCCAGGGCAGCGCUAAGGGGUCCGGUUCAGUCAACACCACCUUCAGCCAGGAUGACACUGAGGGGUCCAGUUCUGUCAAUGCCACCUUCAGCCAGGGCAACGCUAAGGGGUCCGGUUCAGUCAACACCACCUUCAGCCAGGAUGACACUGAGGGGUCCAGUUCUGUCAAUGCCACCUUCAGCCAGGGCAACGCUAAGGGGUCCGGUUCAGUCAACACCACCUUCAGCCAGGGCAGCGCUAAGGGGUCUGGUUCAGUCAACACCACCUUCAGCCAGGAUGACACUGAGGGGUCCAGUUCUGUCAAUGCCACCUUCAGCCAGGGCAACGCUAAGGGGUCCGGUUCAGUCAACACCACCUUCAGCCAGGAUGACACUGAGGGGUCCAGUUCUGUCAAUGCCACCUUCAGCCAGGGCAACGCUAAGGGGUCCGGUUCAGUCAACACCACCUUCAGCCAGGAUGACACUGAGGGGUCCAGUUCUGUCAAUGCCACCUUCAGCCAGGGCAACGCUAAGGGGUCCGGUUCAGUCAACACCACCUUCAGCCAGGAUGACACUGAGGGGUCCAGUUCUGUCAACGCCACCUUCAGCCAGGGCAGCGCUAAGGGGUCUGGUUCAGUUAACACCACCUUCAGCCAGGAUGACACUGAGGGGUCCAGUUCUGUCAACGCCACCUUCAGCCAGGGCAACGCUAAGGGGCCCGGUUCAGUCAACACCACCUUCAGCCAGGGUGACACUAAGGGGUCCGGUUCUGUCAACACCACCUUCAGCCAGGGUGACACUAAGGGGUCCGGUUCUGUCAACACCACCUUCAGCCAGGGUGACACCAAGGGGUCCGGUUCUGUCAACGCCACCUUCAGCGAGGAUGAUGCUGAAGGGGGUGAUGCUGAAGGGUCUGGUUCUGUCAGACUCCCCUUCAGUGAGGACGAUGCUGAAGAAGGGUCCGGUUCUUUUUGACUUUUGGCACAAGUCAAGAUCUUUUUGUAACAAAAUAAAAUUUUACUUCCUUUUGAA